AUGUCAACCCACGCCGAGAAGAUGAGCCUUGAAAGGAAAGAGAGCGACCUUGAGUCGCCUCCUUCGGUGACUGGUAUCGCCGAUCUUACGAUUGACCGGCAUGCAGAGGCGCGACUUAUCCGCAAACUCGAUAUGUGGCUUGCCCCAAUGAUGAUCCUAUUCUUUCUAGUCGCAUAUCUUGACCGAAGUAACAUUGGAAACGCUGCCAUUGCUGGUAUGACGGAAGACUUGAACCUUACGGGGAACAGGUUAAACGUAGCUGUUACUUUGUUCUACGUCACCUACGUCGCCUUCGAGAUCCCGGCACCUUUGAUACUCAAGAAGGCGCGGCCCAGUCGACUGAUUCCCUUUUUCAUCGUUGGAUGGAGCAUCACAAUCAUUGGUUCGGCUUUUGUCAAGAAUUAUGCUGGCCUCCUUGCAACUAGACUUUUACUCGGUGCAUUUGAAAGUGGCCUCUUCCCUUGCUUGACAUUAUAUCUCAGCACGUUCUAUAAACCCGUGGAGCAAGCUCGCCGAAUUUCGUACCUGUUCGUUGCUGCCGCUCUUUCGGGCGCAUUCGGUGGUCUACUGGCCUAUGGAUUGACAAGUCUGCACGGUGCAAGAGGCUUGGCUGGCUGGCGUUGGCUGUUUCUGGUUGAAGGCCUGAUCUCAAUUGUGGUUGGCCUCAUGUCCAUCUUCCUGCUGCCGGACAACUUCCAGAAAGCUUGGUGGCUUCGAGAAGACGAGAAGGCUAUGAUGGUUGUCCGUCAGGAACAAGUACGAGUUUACCAGGGCGAGUCUGAUACAUUCGACAAAGGAGAGGUCAAGCUUGCUUUCAAAGACCCCAAGGUCUGGCUAUCAGCCUUCUGCCAGUUUUGCGCAGACACCUGCUCUUUCGGUUUCGGCACCUUUCUUCCAGUAAUCAUUCGCGGCUUUGGCUACAGCAGUGUCAAGACCCAGCUCCUCACUGUUCCGGUCUACAUUUGGGCUUCCUUCGUUUACAUCACCAUAUCCUUUUUCUCUGAUCGUAUCCAACGACGCGCGGUUUUCAUGGUGCCAAUGGCACUCGUUACAGCUGCAGGGUACUCGAUGAUGCUUGGUGUCAGUAUGACAUCGACUGGAGUCCUCUAUUUCGCGACUUUUGUCACAGCCACAGGUAUCUACUGUGUCGUCGGUCUGAAUGUGACGUGGGUUAGCAACAGCAAUGCUGGUUAUUACAAACGUGCCGCUGCAAUUGGUCUGCAACAGACAAUCGGAAACAGUGCUGGAAUUAUGGCUGGACAAAUUUACAGACUCACGGCGUCAGAUGGAAGAUACACCAUCGGACAUUCCGUGUCCCUGGGAGCUAUUGUAUUGGCUGCAGUCGGAUAUUUCGUCAUGUGGGCGACAUUGCGCACUAUCAACAACAAGAGAGAUCGGAUGUCGGGCGAGGAAAAGCAAGCAGAGAUUGUGUCUGGCAAGAAGGGAGACAGACAUCCAGACUUCAGAUAUACGCUGUAA